AGAUUCAGGCCUUUUUGGUCGAUAACAAAAGUUUUGCGAAACUUCCUUCUGCACAAAUAUAAUCUAUAAAAGGAACUCGCGGCCAUCUUGAAAACUGCGUGGCAUUCUUUUGCCUUUAUUAGCUGAGCGUUCCCUGCAGUUUCUAGCGAAAUGUAGGACUUACAAGGAUUUACUUCAGGCUUCAGCGUAAUUAUUUGAUUUGUUCGGAAUAACGAACUAAUGUUUUUCGGGGAGAAGCUGGUAUAAUUGUAUUGAAACACAAAGUAAGCCAUGUAAGAUGUUAACCGCAAAGAGGAGGUAACGGCUUUAUUCCAAGAUGUGGAGAAUAAUUCUUCCUGGUGUUCUAUUGUUACUUUACAUCAACAAUGCUUCAUCUCAGAACACCACUGACGCCCCGGGCGCGGCGAUCACGGGCGACAUCGUCACACCCACCGCGAAUGUUAUGACAACCGGCGACGAAGGCUUGAACAGAGCCGAGAUCAAGUGGCUCGCCAUCGUCGACGAACUCAUGGCCCCCAAAUCGCAGAGUUUCAACGAUACGUUCUAUAGCAUCAUAGAAACAUAUCCAUUCACGUCGUCAUGGGUCAUUGAGGAUGUGUACUUCAACGGCGACUUCAUGUUAAAUGCGACAACGCGUCCCGACAUGACUGUGUUAUCGGCUGACGAGCUCCUGCAGAUCCUGUCCGUGGUCAUUGACGUACUUGACGACAGUAACGUGAACCUGACGACCAGGGAGGUGCUGGUGACGACGGCCUUCAUGCAGGAUCUCACGGCCGCCAUUCUCCUCGAGAUGUCGGAGAACGAUCUCACGGGCGAUUUCGGAGAGUUCGAGAGUGUCAUGUCGUAUAUCAUUGAGAUAUGUGAUAUAAUGCUUGACGAGGAAUACGUGGACUUAUGGUUGGACAUACAAAGAGCCUACCCUGUCUAUGCUACCGUGGUCGAGACCAUCGACGUUGCAUCGUUGGCCAUCGCUAACCUGAUCGACUCCCCGGGGACGCUCAAGUCACAUGUCAAAAACAUAAAUUAUCUCCUAGUCAAGGAUUCAUGGUAUAACCUUACCCAGACCUAUCAGGAUUAUAUAUUCCAGGUCAGAGAUAAUGAGGGCAUACUCAUUCCAGAACUAUAUCUUGAACAGGCAGACUUCGAUUAUUAUGACGCGGUAGCCUUCGUGAGUGUGCAGUAUAAGGGCGUGAGUGACAUGAUGGGCAAAAAUCAGACACGUGUCUCAGUAUCAACCUCGAUCAAAGACCAAAGCUCAUCAUAUGACCCAAGGAUAUUAAACAAUGAUGUGAUUUCCAUGACAGCCAUCCGAGUUCCUGACUUCAGUAGUACGAGUAUACCAGUGAUCUAUAGAUUCGGAAAUCUGGAAAAGAAACUUAAGCAUUGGGACGUGAUAUGCGCCUUCUGGAAUUUCGAUAAAUCCUCUGAUGAAGGUGGAGUAUGGGAUGACACGGGAUGCAAGAUGGUGGAAGGGUCAUCCACGGCCUGGUCUACUCAGUGUCUCUGUAAUCAUACCACCAACUUUGGCUUGAUUCUUCUCGAACACGAUCCAGAGUAUAUUGACUGGGAUUUCAUCGUUCAAACCUGGUUGUGGUCCAUCGCAGCGGCUGUUUCAGUCUUGCCUCUCUUUCCAUUUUUCGGAUUCCUCAUCUAUCUUACGACAAUAAAUUCCAAGCGUAGAUCAGCACAAAUCAACUUCGUCUUCAGUUUGAUUAUGAUGUUACUCGUACUAGCAACAAACGAGGUGGCUAAAUGGCAAAAGAGCGACAUUGCAUGCAUGGGUUUUGGUAUAGCCAUGCACCUCUUCACCACGGCCACCUUCGCCUGGUUGUUCGUCAUCAGCAUUCUGCUUUUUACGCGAGUCACUGAGUUUACUAGUAAAGAGGCGCCUCAUUGGAUGGCCUUUCUCAUUGGUUGGGGUACUCCUCUGCUGACGGUCGGUGUUACCAGUGGUUUGCUUUAUACAGAAUACGGAGUAGGACCAAGAUGUUGGUUCAACAACAACAGCCAGAUCAAGAUGGCAUUUAUGGUACCGACACUGGUUUACAGCUUGCUAACUAUCUUGCUCCUGUUGGCAUCAAUACGGGCUAUUGUGCAGGCGGGGAAUAUCACACUCUUUGAGCGAGAAAAGGAGGAGCUACUGAAAUUAAGAGCUACUUGUAUGUGCUUCCUCGCAUUAUCUCCUGAGCUGAGUAUCUUCUACUUCUGCGGCCAUUUUUCUUUCAUCAACCCCAUGAUCGGUUAUGCCUUUGGUGCACUCAUGCCGUUCCAGGGUCUAUUAGUGGUCCUCCUAGAGAAACAUUUCAACAAAGAGCUUGAAGAAGCAUACAAGCUCAAACUGAACCCACCAGAAGAACUAAAGGAUGAAUACGAUAUUUGGGCUGCAGAAUUGGAUGAUGCAGUCAGAGCCGAUUCAUCUUUGGCUAAGGAGGAGGAAUAUUUCAGUAGUGGCAGAAAAUCUCAAACGUCGGUACUUUCGAUGCGAGGAAUCAAACUAGCACGAGCCGUACGGAAUGCCAAACCUCAAAUGGUAGGAGGUAAAGGAACCAAGACUACAGGCACCAAGAAAAAGAAAAAGAAAAAGAAGGCGGCCAACGAGACGCCUACCGAAGUUCUGAAAGAGUCCGCCGUCCGAGAGCAAGCCGACGGCGAGAGCCGAGGUCGCAACUCUACCGAGCCGCCGUCGAUGCCGCCUAGCAAACCGAAGAUCGGGUUCAUGAAGACGGACUAUUCCGAGCUCGAUGAACAGCCGUUGGUCAGGACAAAGCAGACGGCUAGGGAGAUCGCAGCAACACUGCCAAAGAGCGCUACCCCAAGAACACCCGGGGGUCGAAACACGCCGGGAAGGCGUACACCAAGCGGGAAGAAGUCCCCUCGGAAAACCCCCACCCCGAGAAAGAGCCCGAUACCCCGAAGUCCGUCCUUACCCGGCGCGCCUGACGACCCCGACGAGGAUUUUGGUGCGCUGCUAGCCCCACCACCGAGGGGGGAUCGAAAAUCCCCCGAAGGUGCUGUGGUCAAUGAUGCUUACGAGGACGAGGACGAAUACUAUGACGAGAACGGAGAGUAUUACGGCGAUGAGGAUUACGACGAUUACGGGGAGUAUGAUGAGAAUGGGGAUUAUUACGACGAGGAUGGCGAGUAUUACGAAGAUGGGGAUUACGACGAAUACGAAGAAGAAUAUUAGUGAUCAUAUUCUCCUCAAAACUUACUCUCGAUGGAAAGAUUUGUAUCGGCGUCGAUGAUGUUAAUUUUGAUAUAAGACGGCCAACCGUGAUGCUGUCUAUCCGAAUAAUUAUGACAAAGAUGAGAUGUUUUUACCGUGAGAUAAAGACUCAGGAAGAAUGCCAAUACAUUUUCAGCAGGGAUCGACAAAGAAGAGCAGACUUCCAAUGGCUAUUAUUUUGUGUGUAUAAUUUAAGUUAUACAAAUCGUUUCCCCCACCCCCUCUCGUUCUCUCUCGCCUAUAA